CUUUUCUGGCUGUGUUAGUCGGUCCUCGGACGGCGUGAAGAGAGGACGUUUAUGAUUUGUUUCAAUAGUAUUAUUUUAUUAAUUAUUAUUUAAAUUUUAUUUAUAUGAAGAUGGCUGGUCCUGAAUUUAUUUAGGGAUACCAAAAAUGGGUGCAGCAUCCGACGGUAUGGGGGGGUGGAGCGCGCGCAUCGCCGCCUGUCGGGAGUCCCGCAAGCUGGUCCUCGUGAUUGUCGCCAUCGCACUGCUGCUUGACAACAUGCUUUUGACCACCGUUGUGCCAAUCAUCCCCGAGUUCCUCUACGACAUUCGCCAUCCGGACGCACCGCUCUCCGUCUCGAUAGAAGACCUCACAACCCCCCUGCCGCCACCGACCCCCUACUGCCCGUGUAUGAACAAGACGCUCGUGGAGAACAACACACAAUUACCCUUGAACCUGACUGCUGAGAAGGAAGAGCGCCACAAGGAACUGAUCCACGAGACCGUGGCCGUUGGUGUGAUGUUUGCGAGCAAGGCCAUCGUGCAGCUUCUAGCCAAUCCCUUCGUUGGGCCUCUCACACACAAAAUCGGUUACAGCGUGCCCAUGUUCACUGGCUUCAUUCUGAUGUUCCUCUCCACGUUGAUAUUCGCCUUCGGUCGAUCUUAUGGCGUUUUAUUCGUGGCGCGAGCGUUACAGGGCAUUGGCUCAUCUUGCUCUUCCGUAUCCGGUAUGGGAAUGCUGGCUGAGAGGUAUCCUGACGAUAAGGAAAGAGGUAACGCUAUGGGUAUAGCAUUAGGAGGCCUGGCCCUUGGGGUCUUAAUCGGACCACCUUUUGGAGGACUCAUGUACGAAUUUGUUGGGAAAACCGCUCCUUUCCUGAUGUUGUCCGCUUUGGCUCUUGGCGAUGGAUUGCUGCAACUCAUGAUAUUGCAACCUGGCGUGGUAAGGCAGGAGACGGAACCGCCGUCUCUGCGUGCUCUGGUUACGGACCCGUACAUCCUUGUUGCUGCUGGAGCGAUAACAUUCGCAAACGUUGGCAUAGCCAUGUUGGAGCCAAGCUUGCCGAUCUGGAUGGCGGAUACAAUGGAAGCCAGGCGUUGGCAGCAGGGCGUUGCGUUCCUGCCAGCUAGCAUUUGUUAUCUCAUUGGAACCAACCUCUUCGGUCCACUUGGACACAAGAUGGGCCGUUGGCUGGCUGCUUGCUCUGGACUGGUCAUCAUCGGUGUCUGUCUCAUCUUGAUCCCAAUGGCACGAAAACUGGAGCACCUCAUCAUCCCCAACGCUGGUCUCGGGUUUGCUAUUGGAAUGGUCGAUUCGUCCAUGAUGCCAGAGCUCGGCUUCCUCGUGGAUAUUCGCCAUGCUGCUGUCUACGGCUCCGUGUAUGCGAUCGGAGAUACUGCCUUCUGUUUGGGCUACGCUGUUGGUCCAGCAUUCUCAGGGGCUCUAGUGAACAGCAUCGGCUUUGAAUGGAUGCUCGUCAUAAUCGCGAUUCUGAACUUCGCCUACGCUCCGUUCCUGUUGCUGCUGCGCUCUCCGCCGGCCAGGGAUGAGAAACAGAGCCUAAUCAUUAGCGAGAAAUCAUCCGUUCGCUACGUGAGCUACCAGAACGAGGAAGAAGAAUAAGCCCGAAAAAAUCAAAAUUUGACAACGCCGCCAUCUUGAGACCCGCCCGAUUCUAACAUUUUUACUAAAAACUUUGCCGAAAAUAUAUAAUGCUUGAAAGAGAAAAGAAAAAAUUAAAAAAAAAAAAAUUAGCGACAAAAUAGCUGUAAAAAGCUAAUAUUUACUAAAUUAUAUCAUAUA